AUGAUAAUAUGGUAUAAUUCUUCAGUAGGGUAUGCUAAAAAUUUUUUAAGGUCAAAAAAUUAUUAUAAAUACUACCAUUCUGCAAAGUUGUUUCAACGGAGGCAAUUUUCUCUGUUCAACAAUAACAACAAAAAUGGUGUUGCAAAUAAUUCGAAUAAUAGAACAGAUUUUAUUCAAUUAUAUCACAAUUUAAUAGAAACGAAGAAAAUUGAACAUGACCCUUAUCAAUUUAAGCUUAUUUUAAUAUUACAGGCGCUUGAAAACAAUAUCAAUAAUUACUAUCACAAUGUACAGGAUAAAAAAAAAAAAAAUAUGAGUACCCAAAUAAAUAAUAAAAAGAAAUCAUUUCUGAGUUCAUUGUUCUGUAGCAAUAAAUAUAUAGAAGGUAAGGAUCAUUCGAUUAAUGAUUCAAAUGAUGAACAUAUAAUUUUAGAUAGUUUAAAAAAUGAUGACAGUUUCUUUUUAUUUGAAAAUGAUAAAUAUGAAAAGGAUAAAGAUUUAAAAUAUGAUGAUAUAAAAGAUGAGAAAUAUUUUGUGAAUGAAAUUAAUAUAGACGAAAAAUCUAUUACAUAUAUAAGAGGUUUAUAUAUAUAUGGUAGUGUAGGUAGAGGAAAGACAUAUUUUUUAAAUUUAUUAUUUGAUAGAUUAAAAUUGAAUAAAUUAAAAAUGCAUUAUCAUAAUUUUAUGCAAGAAAUACAUAGAAAGUUUCAUGAAGAAAAAAUGAAUAAUUCAGAAGAUCCAAUAAAAAGUAUAUCAAUAAAAAUGAGUGAAAAAUAUAAAGUUAUAUUUAUAGAUGAAUUUCAAGUAGUACAUAUAUCUGAUGCUAUGGUUAUAAAAUCUUUAUUUAAUCAUCUUUUUUAUCAAGGAACCAUUUUAUUAUGUACAUCAAAUAGAAAUCCUAUACAUUUAUAUCAUAAUGGUUUAAAUAGAGAUCGUUUUUUGCCUUUUAUACAAUUAUUAUUUAAAUUUAAUUAUAUAUUUGAAAUUGAUAAUUAUCAUGAUUUUCGUUUAAAAAAUAUACACACCAAAGAUGAUAUUUAUAUGUUACCAAAUAAAACAUUUGAGCAAGUGAAAAAUCAUUGUAGUGAUUUAUAUUGUAGAUAUUAUAAUAAAGAUAUAAAUUAUGUAAGACAAAAUGAGAAGUUUAAUCAAACUUUAAUUGUUUCAAAUUUUAAAAAAUGUAUUAUUCCAUAUAUGUUAAAUAAAUAUUGUAUAUUUUCUUUUCAAGACUUAUGUAGUAAAAAUAUAAGUAUUGAUGAAUAUAAUGCCAUAUCAAAUAAUAGUCAUACUAUAUUUAUUUAUGAUAUAGAAAAAAUGAAUGAAGAAAGUAAAGGAAAUGAAAUGAGAAGAUUUAUUUUGUUAAUAGACAUUUUAUAUGAAAAGAAUACUAAAGUUUUCUUUUAUAGUAACAUUCCUAUAUUUCAAAUUUUUCAAACAAGUUGUAUUAUUUCGCAUUUUCAAAAUUUAUUGGACAAAAUGAAAUCUCAGUAUGAUCACUUUAAAACCUUUAAAGAAUCACUUAAGGAACAAUUAAAGGAUGGGUCAUUUAAUAGGGAGAUAUUUAGAAGCAUAAUGUUAUCAUUUGAUACAACUACAGAAAUAAGUGAUAAAUUAUUUGAUGCUAUAAACUACAAUAUCAAUAAGGAGUACAUACCAAUACAAUACCUUAGGAGAGUUUUGUGCUUUCACAUUAUGAAUUACGAAAUUGAUGUAAAAAGGAAUUUAAAAUUUUUGGAAGAUGAAGAUCUAAGAGUGGAACCUAUUCCUUAUUUACUAUUCGACGAAAACGAUAUAGAUACAUCACAAGAAAAUACCUUCGCAUCAAUGCGAACAUUAUCGAGAAUGAAGCAUAUGUGCACAUCAUCAUAUUUGGACAAGCAUAAAAAACUAUACGAGAAUAAUAUAUAG